GCCGCCCAGGGAGUGUCAGCCCUUUGCUCCCACCCGGCGGGUCCCCUCUCUGGUGCUCGCGCACCCCCUUCCUCCCCGCGCCCGGUCCCCCGGGAAGGAGCUCGGCACUGCUUGGUGGGGUUCGGGACCGAGGCGGGGGCUCGGGGCGGGCGGCGGCGGUUACUAAGGAGGUUCUCCGGGGGCGCGGCAUGAGGCCGGCAUCCGGGCCCCCGCAGGAGGGACCCAGCCCGCGUCCUCCAAGAGCUCUUCCACCAGUACCAAGUACACUCCAAGAUGACAUUCCACUUAAUCGUCCCAAAAAAAAGAAAUCCAAAGCAAAAAAUGCACUAGGCAGUGCCUCUCCAGAAGGCAUUGUUCAGGAUAUAGGCCAUCAGACAUCUGACAGCAGCGGACUGUUGACUCGUGAACCCCAGGAGCAAGAUGCUCCAGGUCAGAGAAAACGCAAGAAGAAAAGAUUACCUCCUGAAUCAGAGACAUCUUUCACUCAAAAGACUACACCUAAUCCAUUUCCACUUCUAAAUGAAAAUGGCAUGGAUUUGGAACAAGCUGAGGAAGCUGUUACUCGAAAAUCUCGAAAGAAAACAAAGAGAAGCCGGCCAACAGGAUUGCAUUAUGCUAAUGAGUUAGGAGUAGAAGAAGAGGACAUAAUUACCGAUGAGCAAAACCAUCCAGAGCAACAGCCUUCAAUAUUCACUGCACCAAUGGGUAUUAGCCAGCCUGUGGGCAAAAUUUUUGUAGAAAAAAGCAGGCGAUUCCAGGCUGCUGACCGGUCUGAAUUGAUUAAAACCACAGAAAAUACUGAUACACUAAUGGACAUGAAGCCUACAUGGACAACUAGGGAUGUUGCCUUAACAGUUCACCGAAGCUUCAGGAUGAUUGGUCUCUUUUCUCAUGGCUUCCUUGCUGGCUAUGCUGUGUGGAAUAUUAUUGUAAUUUAUGUUCUAGCAGGAAAACAAUUAUCUGAACUCUCCAACUUACUACAGCAAUACAAGACCUUAGCUUAUCCUGCUCAGAGUCUCCUCUACUUGCUUCUGGCUAUAAGCACCAUUUCAGCUUUUGACAGGAUUGAUUUUGCUAAAACAUCAGUAGCAAUUCGAGGUUUCCUUGCCUUGGAUCCAACAGCUUUGGCUUCUUUCUUGUAUUUUGCUGCUCUUAUUUUGUCUCUGAGCCAGCAGAUGACAAGUGACAGAAUCCAUCUUUACACACCUGCAUCAGUUAAUGGUAGCCUCUGGGUUGCAGGUACAGAGGAACAAAUUCUCCAUCCCUGGAUUGUAGUGAACUUGGUUGUGGCUCUUCUAGUUGGACUGUCUUGGCUUUUCAUGUCUUAUAGGCCACAGAUGGAUCUCAGUGAAGAACUGAUGUUUUCUUCUGAUGUUCAAGAAUAUCCUGAUUUGGAUAAGGAAACCAAAUCCCCUUCAUGAUGUUACAAAUCUACCUUCAGAACUAGGACAGUAUUUUUAAUGUUCCAAUUGUGAUAUGUAAUCUUUUUUAAAAUGUAUUUUUACAAGAUGUUUGCAAAUGUAUCUGCAGUUACUUUGAUUAUAAAAACUUAUACCCCAAGAUUAUGAAAAAUAUUAAAGUUUUGUAUGUUGUUUUCAA